GACGAACAGCACUUUAAGUUCUCCGAGAAAAAGAAGUCUUUGGACAUUAUUCGAGAAGAGCUGAAAAUGGAACAUGAUGAUAUGGAAGAAGAGAGGAGAACCAGAAAAAGAUAUGACACGCUGACGAAGCAAAGGGACAAGACGCCCAAGUUGUUAAUGUGCGCAACGAUGUGGCAUGAGAACGAGAGAGAGAUGAUCCAACUGAUGAAGUCGUUGUUUAGAAUGGACAUAGACCAGAGUGCCAGGAGGAACGCCCAAGAAUACUUAGGCGUAACUGACCCCGAUUACUAUGAGUUCGAAGCUCAUAUCUUUUUUGAUGACGCAUUUGAAGCCCAUGGUCUUGAUGAUGAGUAUUUUAAAGUGAACUCAUUUGUGAAGCAGUUUAUAUCAAUCAUAGACCUAGCAGCAAGUGCCGUUCAUGGGGUCAAGCUUCAUCUUCCCCAACCAAUGAAAGUGCUGACUCCGUAUGGAGGGAAACUCGAACUGCGGCUACCAGGAGGGAACAGAGUAAUAGUUCAUUUGAAAGACAAGACUAAAAUAAGACAUAAAAAACGAUGGAGUCAGGUGAUGUACAUGUACUACUUUCUUGGGCGCAAUAUUUGGGAGAAGAUAACAAAUCCAAAGAGGAAGCAGGCCGUGGCUGAGAAUACCUACCUCCUUGCCCUUGAUGGUGACGUUGACUUUAAGCCGUUGGCUGUUACCAUGCUGUUAGAUCUCAUGCGUCGUAAUAUUAAAGUUGGAGCAGCGUGUGGACGCAUACACCCAAUAGGAACUGGUCCACUAGUUUGGUAUCAAAAGUUUGAAUAUGCAGUAGGGCAUUGGUUUCAGAAGUCAACAGAGCACGUGAUUGGUUGUGUAUUAUGUAGUCCUGGUUGCUUUAGUCUUUUCAGAGGUUCGGCCCUUAUGGACGACAACGUUGCUCGGCGAUACACCAAGGUCGCCACCGAACCAAUGCACUAUGUACAGUAUGACCAAGGUGAGGAUCGUUGGCUCUGUACAUUGUUGUUACAACAAGGGUAUAGAGUAGAAUAUUCGGCAGCUGCUGAUGCCCUCACUUACGCCCCUGAAGGCUUCUCGGAGUUCUUUAACCAGAGGCGACGAUGGACCCCUAGUACCCUAGCAAACAUUCUUGAUCUUUUGAUGUCAGCCAAACAAACAACAAAAAUGAAUGAUAAUAUUUCAUGGUUAUAUAUGGCGUACCAAGGGGCCCUUUUUGGAUCUUCCAUAUUAGGACCUGGGACUGUUUUCUUAGUUAUUGUUGGUGCUCUCCAGAAUUUGAUAACUGCACCGGGUCAACCACCAGACAAUAUAAUUUCUAUAUCAAUUAAUGCUGCUCUUGUGGUUGGAUUCACGAUGGUAUGCUUGACACUCAAGUCAGAGACUCAGCUGUACAUAGCAGCUAUAAUUUCUACCAUAUACUCGGUAGUCAUGAUGCUUGUGAUGGUAAGCACAUUUGCAGCGAUAAGAGACAAAGGACUAUGCGACGUCAGUACUCUUUUCAUGAUCGUCCUCAUUUCAAUAUUUGUAAUCGCUGGUCUAAUGCACCCUCACGAGUUUGGCUGCUUGUUGUAUGCGUUGAUCUAUUACAUGGUCGUACCGAGUACAUUUGUGCUGUUAAUGAUCUACUCGCUGUGCAAUUUAAACAACGUUUCGUGGGGAACGAGGGAAGUGAAAAAGACGCAAUUUGAAGAGGAGAAAGAAAGACUGAUCCAGGAGCAGCAGACAAACGUACCUGGUGGUUUGAACGGGACAUUAGGAGCUAUAUUUGCUCGUGCUCAACAAUAUGCAGGAGUUACAAAAGAAGGAAUAACUUGUUGUGGAAUUCGUUGUCUAUUUGAUGCAAAUCAACAGGAACGUCAGAUGGAGAUGAGAAUGCGAGCUGCUGCAGAACUGGAAGCAAAACGAGACAUUGGAGGUGAUAACGUUGAGCAAAUAAAUCAUGGUGCCAAUGGGGAACGCAAGCUUAAAGUGAAUCAUCUUGGAAACAUUGUGUCUGAUGAUACCUCCAUCCAGGACGAUAUCGAUAGCAUUGAUAGCAUAGCAAGCGUCAACAAACCUAAAACGUGGAUAGAAGACCAAGAUUUAGGAGAUGGUAUGAUUAUCGAACUCAAUGCCCAAGAUAAAGUUUUCUGGGAAGAAAUGAUCGAGGCAUAUCUGAAGCCGAUAGAUAUCAAACCUGAGGACAAAGAGAGAAUCGAGCUACAGCUAAAGGAACUUAGAAACAAAGUCGUUUUCGCUUUUUGUAUGAUCAAUAUAUUGUACAUCACUGUCGUUUACGUCAUGCAGAUACAAAGGAUCAGUUUUAAGAUACCAUGUGUACUUCCGUCCACAGGUGCUUCCGUUAUUGAAAUCCAACCAAUUGGCACUGUGUUUGUUAUAUUUUUCGGGUUCAUACUUCUGUUGCAGUUUGUAGGUAUGAUUUUUCACCGCUACGAGACCUUCAUGCAUAUUGUCUCCACCACACCGAUUACGUGUGGGACAACGCAUUUAAAUGACCAAUCAGAUGAAAUACAACACGCAAUUGCAACAGCCCGCGAUCUACAGAAAUUAACUCCGGACGACAACGUCAGUAUCGCAUCAAACAUUACCAUCAAUACGAUUGUUGACGAGACUGAUAAUAUCAAAGAUCGCCUCAAAGAGCGAAGACCAACUACAAUGUUGAAACUAGUGAAGGAAGAAGAAAAACAAAAGGAACAGAUAGGGACUCUGAGCCUGGCCUUCGCAAAACGAUUCUUAGCCGUUAAAAGACAAGUGGAUAUCACUAAUGAUGACCUUAACAUCGAGGAACACUUGAAGAAUAUACCCAAGGAGAAAUACUCCAAGCGUAGACAGUCCUUGUACUUCCUCAAGAAUCGGCCCGAUUUGCUUCUCAAACCUGAUCUCGAGAAAAGACUGACGUUGCACGUCGAACACAAAGACUACGAUGCUGCUAUAAAACUAAGACAACGUCUUGACGAGGAGAACAAGAAGCAUGGAUCCUUAACAAACUUAGAGAUUCAAGGGGAUUUUCCCGAACAGGUUUAAUCAGUAGUGUAAUGUAUAUUAGCAGAACUAGAAGUAAAUGGCCUUACUUGCAAAAUGGCAUAUUUAUAUACAAGUUGUUAAAGCAUCAGCCUCGUUUGCUGUACAUGUGUGAAUUUAGGCUUUUGAUGAUAAUGUGAUACCCAAGUGCCAUACUUUGUAUAAAACAUAUUUUGUAUAUACACUUGAAAAGAAGUGCACCUUUCAUUGAAUAAACAAACUAUAUUUCCAAACUUAACACAGGCCUUUAACUG